AUGCGACAUCAGAGAUAUAUUGUUAUCUUGGGAGCAGGUUCAAAGAUCGGCUAAGCUUAUGCUAAAUUUUUGGCUGAAAAAGGAUUCGGCUUGGUUUUAAUAGAUUUCUCAGAAGAGAGAUUAAUUGAAUGUGAAAACUACAUCUUUGAAAAACUAUAAAUCUCUACAAACAUUAAAAGACUGGUUAUAGAUUAGACCUUAUAAAGCCUAAAUGAAGACUAUUUCAAUCAUUAAUUGAGUGAACUUUAAAGUUUUUGCAUUGAUUGCUUCGUAAAUGCUACUAAUAAUCUACGAUAUAAUCCUAAGGAUGAAGGGUAUAAUAAAAAUGAAGGGAGAUUUAUCAUUUAAGAGCUGGUUCAGUAGGAGUUAUUAAGACAGGUAUUUGAAAAGAACACUUACUUAUUCAAUCAAAUAGUGCAGUAUUUUCACAAAAAGUUUUAUAUCCCGCCCUUGUACACUUCUGUGAUUAAUAUCAAGAGAAAAAGUGAGAAUAAAGAAAUUGAUCCAUAGAGCAAACAGAAUAUAGAUGAUUUUAAUGAGAAAUUGACACUGAAUUCAGAGGAGAUAUGCAAGAUAUUUUAUAAAGCUAGUGCUGAAUUUAAUAACUAUUUUACUUAUAUGCUUAAUGCUCAAUUCAAAAGAAAAGUUAGAGCGAUCUCUGUAGAAAUUGAUUAUCAAAGAUAAGGAGAGGCCAACUAUUUACUAAAGAAGGUUCUUUCAAGUUUUAAAGUUUUAAAUUAUGUCAUGUGA